AUGCCGAACCAUCUCAGUACGAAGGAGGAUUCCUCUGUCUACUCCGAUUCUACUACCUCUUCUUUUUUUACCGCCUAUCAGUCGGAUCAAAUCCUUCAUCGCCCACUCCGUCGCCAGAGAACCGUGACACAGCUGACUCGAUGGGUUUCGAAAAGAAUAUCGCGCUCUUCGGUUAGCACCAGAGAAGGGGAUGUGCUUAGCGAGAAGAAUCUCAAUAAAUUGAAUAAUGCGAUUCGAGCGGAUGGGAAGGAAGAGACCGAUGUAACUGAGCACACAAGUUCCUGUGAUACGACGUUGGUCGAGAGGCGGAAGUCGACGAUUGAAGCUAGUGAAGAGAAGCCUGAAAAUCCAAUCCAGAGCUCUGAUCCCGAUCAAGAGACACAGUUAUGCCUCCGUCAAUCCUAUGCAGCAUUCUGCGAGGAUUUCACGCUGUCUGGUCCAUCCUGUCCGAAAAGAAUCUACGACAUGACCAUGGGAAUGGAAGAGGGAGCUGGCUGGGAGGAAAAAGGAAAUAUCGAGGAAGGAGAGAAUGAAAGAUCCACGACAUUCAACACUGAAAAAAAAGAAAAUUGCCAAUAUGGCCCAUCCCAAUCCUCCAUGUCAAAAUCAUAUUUAAAGCUUGGGAGAGGCGAGGCCCUAAUCAAGUCAUCAAGUCUAGCCCCAGACCCGACGGGGAAACAAAAUGCUGGAUUCACUACUCAUGACACGAAAGAACCUGACGUACAGCAGUCAGAAAUCGUGAAUCGUUCAGCCAACCAUCCUCGCCCUCCUUCCCAGAUCAUGACGCCUUCGACCUACAAGGAGAUGCAUCGGGCAGCGCGCGAAAGGAAGAUAGCUCGGAGAGAAAAGUCCUGGGGAAUCUUUUAUUCCAUACUAUCAAAACGGUCGAAACUUGUGUGA